UUCUACUGUUUUGUUUUUCAUUAUAAAACAACCCCUUGCCGCCUUGGCGGGAAAAAGAAAACCACCAUUGAAUCCAAACUCUGAAGUCUGAACUGCUCAGUUCUCAGUUCCUCAUUCUCUCUCCUCUGGAAACUGCCACCAACUAUGGAGAAGAUAGACUUCAGUGAUGAACCCAUUCUUAUUGAAAAAGAUGACGACGGUGAAUUCAACAAUCCUUCAACAACCAAAGAACCCCCCAAAAUCCACCGUUUAGAAGAAUCAGUCGUCAACCGCAUCGCCGCCGGCGAAGUUAUCCAACGACCAGUCUCCGCCAUUAAGGAGCUCGUCGAGAAUAGCCUCGAUGCUCAUUCUUCCUCCAUUAAUGUCGUCGUUAAAGAUGGUGGUCUCAAACUCAUUCAAGUGUCCGACGACGGCCAUGGAAUUCGGUUUGAGGAUUUGCCAAUACUUUGUGAACGACAUACGACUUCGAAAUUGUCGAAAUUCGAGGAUUUGCAGUCGAUUGCAUCAAUGGGGUUUAGAGGUGAGGCUUUGGCAAGCAUGACUUAUGUGGGUCAUGUGACGGUGACUACUAUUACUGCUGGUCAAUUGCAUGGAUAUAGGGCUUCAUAUAGAGAUGGUGUUAUGGAGAAUGAGCCUAAGCCGUGUGCUGCUGUGAAAGGGACUCAGAUUAUGAUCGAAAACCUUUUCUACAAUAUGACAGCAAGGAAGAAAACACUUCAGAACUCUGGUGAUGACUAUCCAAAGAUUGUUGACUUGCUUAGUCGGUUUUCUAUUCAUCACAUAGGUGUGGGAUUUUCCUGUAGAAAGCAUGGGGCUACAAGAUCUGAUGUUCAUACUGUUGCCAGUCCUUCUAGAAUUGAUGCAAUUAGAUCUGUUUACGGUGUUUCUGUUGCCCGUAAUCUAAUAAAAAUAGAGGCCUCAGAUAAUGAUCCCUCCGGCUCAGUGUUUAACAUGAAAGGUUUCAUCUCCAACGCCAAUUACGUGGCCAAGAAGAUAACAAUGGUGCUGUUUAUAAAUGACAGGUUGGUCGAGUGCUCUGCUUUGAAAAGGGCUAUCGAAAUUGUUUACGCUGCAACUCUGCCCAGAGCAUCAAAACCAUUUGUAUACAUGUCAAUUACAUUGCCCCCUGAGCAUAUUGAUGUGAACAUACAUCCAACAAAACGAGAGGUAAGCCUUCUGAAUCAGGAAGUUAUAAUUGAGAAGAUACAGUCAGUAGUGGAACAGCAGUUAACAAACUCCAAUGAGACAAGAAUAUUUGAAGAACAGAUGGUGCAGCCCUCCCCUUCAGCUCCAGUAGUAACGGGCAACGACUCCCAUUCUAGUCCUUCAGCUUCAGGAGGUGCAACUGGAGCAUCAAAGUCACAGAAAGUUCCCGUGCAAAAGAUGGUUAGAACUGAUGCAUUGGACCCCGCAGGAAGGUUGCAUGCAUAUAUGCAAGUUAAGCCCUCUACUCAGCUCGGAAGGAAUGCUAGCUUGAAUUCCGUAAGGUCUUCUGUUAUUAGACAAAGGAGAAAUCCUAAGGAGAGUGCAGAUCUUACGAGCAUUCAGGAGCUUAUUGAUGAAGUUGAUAGUAGCUCUCAUUCUGGCCUACUUGAAAUUGUCAGAGGCUGCACUUAUGUUGGAAUGGCAGAUGAUGUUUUCGCAUUGUUACAGUAUAAGACUCAUCUUUAUCUAGCAAAUGUAGUAAACUUGAGCAAAGAACUCAUGUACCAGCAAGUCCUACGUCGUUUUGCUCAUUUUAAUGCUAUACAAUUGAGUGACCCUGCACCACUGCCUGAUUUAAUACUGUUGGCACUCAAAGAGGAAGAUAUAGAUGCAGAUGGCAGUGAGAAUGAUGAUCUGAGGAAAAAAAUUGCUGAGAUGAACACUGAGCUACUCAAGGGAAAAACUGAAAUGCUGGAGGAGUAUUUCUGCAUUUAUGUUGAUCCACAAGGCAAUUUGUCCAGGCUUCCGGUCAUACUUGAUCAGUACACACCGGACAUGGAUCGUGUUCCAGAAUUUGGUCUUUGUCUAGGCAAUGAUGUUGACUGGGAUGAUGAGAAAAUUUGCUUUCAAACAAUCUCAGCUGCUCUUGCAAAUUUCUAUGCCCUGCAUCCACCUAUUUUGCCAAACCCAGCAGGGGAUGGCUUACAACACUAUAGAAGAAAAUCUGCCGUAGUAAAUCUCGAUGAAGAUAUGAACAGAUCUGCUAAUGAGGCUGGAGACGAUGAGAUUGAGCACGAAUUACUUGCAGAAGCAGAGACAGCCUGGGCACAACGCGAGUGGUCUGUGCAGCACAUCCUAAUUCCUGCUAUGAGACUCUUUCUUAAACCCCCUAAUUCAAUGGCUAACAAUGGGACAUUUGUACAGGUAGCCUCACUGGAAAAGCUUUACAAGAUAUUUGAAAGAUGCUAACAGAAUCAACAGGAAAGUCUAGGCAAAUAUAGGUAAGUUUGUCUGAAUUAUUAUGUGGGUGUAUAUAAAAUGAACUGAUAAUAUGAAGGCAUUUUCUUAUGAGAUUGUAAAAUUAGGUGCCACCUGUUUGGCUGACGUAAUCUACAAUUUGUGUGAAGUAUUAGACUUUCAAUGUGAAAAUGUAUUAAAACUGGUAUCAACUUCUAUUAAUGCUUUUUGGCCAAAUUCAA